UAUUUAUUUUUUUAUUUUUUUCUAAGUUUUAUCAAUUAGCCUGAUUCUGGUUGCAGAUUUAUCUAAAAUAAAAAUAUUCAGUUGACUAGUUAACUAAGUCGUUCAAAUCAAACAAAAGAAGAUUUUAUUAUAAAACGCCCUUUGUACUUAACUAGUUAAUCAUCAGCCAAUAUCUAAAACUCUUCCUCAUUUAAAAUGUCGCAACGAGUGAAAGUUUCCACUGAUACUUUAAUAGUACUGUUGGCAUUACUUUUGGUUUCAUCUUACAGUGUUGUUCAUUUUGCUUCUGGUUCUUAUUUUUCUUCGAAUCAUCCUAAACAACUUUUAAAAGCAGUAGGUGCAGAACAAGAAGUAGAUGCUCUUUUGAAAUGGAAAUCUACUCUUCUUAAUCAAACUACUUCUCUCCUCUCUUCCUGGAAGAUAAAUUCUACCGCGAGUACGACGAGUCCAUGCAAGUGGUAUGGAAUCACUUGCAACAAGGGAAGCGUCACUGAACUGAAUGUAACCGGUUUGGGUUUACGAGGUACGCUUUAUAAGUUCAACUUUUCUUCUUUCUCAAACCUUGUUACUCUCGACUUGAGCGAGAACGAACUCUAUGGAACCAUUCCAUCCCAAGUUAGUGAUCUUACAAAACUCACAUACCUUGAUCUUUCUGCCAAUAAUCUUUCUGGACAUGUUCCAACAGAAAUUACCUUUCUCACAAGUCUGUUAUAUUUAGGCCUUUCUGAAAAUCAUAUCAUUGGAUCCAUCCCUCAGGAAAUUGGAAAUUUAUAUUUUCUCACUCAUCUUGGGUUGUCUGCAAAUAAUCUCACCGGUUCAAUCCCUAAUUCAAUUUGCAAUUUAACUAGCCUGAGCAAUCUUUACCUAGGUAAUAAUCAACUUUCUGGCAUCAUUCCGCAAGAUAUAGGAAAGCUAAGGUCUCUUACCGGCUUAUAUUUGUACAAAAACAGUCUCAUUGGUUCAAUCCCUGCUUCUUUAACCAAUUUGACCAGCUUGUACGCUCUUUCUCUAUAUGAUAACCAGCUUUCUGGAAUCAUUCCUCGAGACAUCGGAAGGCUAAGUUCUCUUAUUACAGGCUUAGAUCUGUCCGAAAACAAUCUCAGUGGUUCGAUCCCAAUUUCAGUAUGCAAUUUGACCAACUUGACAUAUUUAUGUGUUCUUGCAAAUAACCUUUCUGACAUCAUACCUAUAGAAAUUGGUAGGCUAAGGUCUCUUACGGGAUUAUAUUUGAAUCAAAACAAUCUUAGCGGUUCAAUCCCUUCUUCAUUAACCAAUUUGACUAGCCUGCGCAUUCUUCAACUGUUUAGUAACCAACUUUCUGGCGUUAUUCCUCAAGAUAUAGGAAGGCUACGCUCUCUUAUAAAAUUAGGUUUUUCAGAAAACAAUCUCAUUGGUUCGAUCCCUACUUCUUUAACCAAUUUAACUAGCCUCGACGAUCUUGCCCUAGACAGAAAUCAACUUUCUGGCAACAUUCCUCAACAUAUAGGAAGGCUAGGCUCUCUUACAAGGUUGGAAUUUUCCGACAACAGAUUAUUUGGUCCUAUCCCUAGUUCCAUAUGCAACUUGGCCAACCUCACCUACUUAUCAGUUUUCGGAAAUCAACUUUCUGGCAGCAUUCCUCGUGAUUUAGGGAAUCUAAGGUCUUUACGUGACUUAUUUAUGUUUCGGAACAAACUCACUGGUUCAAUCCCUGCAUCAGUGGGUAAUUUGAAAAAUUUGGUUAUUGUGUCUCUUUUUCAAAAUAAAUUAACUGAUGCAAUCCCUGCUUCUUUGGGUAAUUUGAGUAAUUUAAGAAUAUUAACUCUUUUUGACAAUCAUUUAACCGGGUCAUUACCAAUAGAAUUAAAAAAUCUAAGUCAUUUGAAACUAUUAGCUUUGGAUAAUAACUCUCUUUCUGGGAUAAUACCUACUAGUAUAUGGUAUUGUAGGAAUCUUACAUAUCUGAGUCUUGGCUCCAACAACUUUACUGGAAAUAUUUCCAAUGAGAUUGAAACAGCUCGAGGAUUGGGAUAUCUUUUAUUAAAUGACAACUUUCUCAGUGGUACUCCUCCUAAAUCCAUCAGUAAGCUUCAGUAUUUGAAAGUUCUCGACUUAUCCAACAACAAGUUCGAAGGAAAUAUACCCACCGUGUUUUGUUCAUUACGUGACCUUGAGAUCCUUUCUUUACAGUCUAACCAGUUCAAUGGGUCAAUCCCUGAGGAGAUUAAUCAUUUACGUCACCUCCGUAUUUUGGACUUGUCAAAAAACUAUCUCACUAGUCAAAUUCCUAACAGCAUAGGGAACCUGAAAAAGCUACAAAGUAGACUUAAUGAUUCAUUCUUGAUUGACGAUUAUGCAUCUGGGUUUUUCGGAGUGAAGAUGGUGAUCAAAGGGAACGACAUCAAGGUUGAGGUGCCGUAUAGCUAUACCUCAGCAAUCGAUCUAUCAUGCAACAAUCUUGAUGGAAACAUUCCAAUAGAGAUAAGUUCACUAAAAGGACUGUAUAUGCUUAAUUUGUCCCACAAUCAUUUCUCAGGUAAUAUCCCUGCCAAUCUCGGAGACAUGUCUGAUUUAGAGUCAUUGGAUUUAAGUUGGAAUGGGUUGUCUGGACAUAUCCCACAAUCUUUGUCAUCAAUGGACUCUCUAGCAUUUCUGAACUUAUCUUACAAUAAGUUAAAUGGGAAGAUUCCAAGAGGAGGUCAUUUUGAAACUUUAAGUUGGGAUGGUUCAGCAUUCUUUGGGAAUGAUUUAUUGUGUGGAUUCCCUACAGAUAAAGUUUGCGAGGGUGAUCGUAAUACUAGUGCUGGUGAUGCUAAUCCUAUAAUUCAAGUUGAAGAAGAUGAUCAAGAGGAUGCGUAUGAGAGAAUAUUGUUUUACGGUGUUAUCGCUUUGGGGUUUGGAGUUGGAUUUUGGGGUUUGUUCUUGGUUCUUCUUCUUAAAAAAGAGAAAUGGUGGUUUGGGUAUUGGAGAAUUAUUGAUUCCAUUGUGAUUCGAAUAAUCGGUUGUAUUUACAAAAACUGAUAGUAUUAAUAAUAUAAAAGUACUCUUUUGUUUUUGUUAUAUAUAUAUAACUUGUUCCGGUGUUAGAUGUUUUUGUA